GCUCCGGUUUCCCAGCCCUGCGCCCCGGUGGAGCCCGAGCCGGAGCCGGCAGAGGGGCGCGGGCGCGGGCGUGGCGCCUGGCGGGGCCCUGGGAGGCUCGGACGGGGUCCUGGCGUUGAGCUCGGCCGGCCCGGAGCGCGGACCCAGCCGCAGGGGCGGCGAUGGGCACCGAGGGACCCCCGCCCCCGGCCGCCUCCCGAGGACGCCAGGGCUGUCUGCUGGUACCUGCGCGGACGAAAACCACUAUUGCUCUGUUGUAUGAUGAAGAGUCCGAAAAUGCCUAUGACAUCCGGCUGAAGCUGACGAAAGAGGUGCUGACAAUUCAGAAACAAGAUGUUGUCUGUGUGGGCGGAAGCCACCAGGGCAGGAAUCACAGAACUGUUAGACUCCGCAGACAGCCAGUUGGCGGCUUGGGCCUGAGUAUAAAGGGAGGUUCUGAGCACAACGUCCCUGUCGUCAUAUCAAAAAUAUUCAAAGACCAAGCAGCUGACCAGACAGGGAUGUUGUUCGUAGGAGAUGCUGUUCUCCAGGUUAAUGGCAUACAUGUAGAAAAUGCAACUCAUGAAGAAGUGGUGCAUCUGCUGAGAAAUGCUGGCGAUGAAGUUACCAUCACCGUUGAGUAUCUCAGGGAAGCGCCGGCAUUUCUGAAGCUCCCGUUAGGGUCCCCAGGGCCAUCCAGCGACCACAGCAGUGGGGCCUCCUCUCCCCUCUUUGACAGCGGUUUGCAUCUGAAUGGAAACUCCAGUACCACAGCCCCAUCGUCACCUUCCUCGCCCAUAGCUAAGGACCCGAGGUAUGAGAAGCGCUGGCUGGACACCUUGUCCGUGCCUCUGUCCAUGGCUCGCAUCUCAAGGUACAAAGCCGGAACGGAAAAAUUAAGGUGGAACGCGUUCGAGGUGCUCGCCCUGGACGGAGUCAGCUCUGGGAUCCUCCAGUUUUACACAGCCCAGGAUGGCACCGACUGGCUGCGGGCGGUCUCAGCCAACAUCAGGGAGCUGACACUUCAGAACAUGAAGAUGGCGAACAAAUGCUGCUCUCCUUCCGACCAGGUUGUGCAUAUGGGGUGGGUAAAUGAGAAACUCCAAGGAGCUGACUCCUCUCAAACCUUCAGACCCAAGUUCCUAGCACUGAAGGGCCCGUCCUUCUACGUUUUCAGCACUCCUCCGGUGAGCACAUUCGAUUGGGUGCGAGCAGAAAGGACCUAUCACCUCUGUGAGGUGCUAUUUAAAGUUCACAAGUUCUGGCUCACAGAGGACUGCUGGUUGCAAGCAAACUUGUAUCUGGGUCUUCAAGAUUUUGACUUUGAGGACCAGAGGCCCUAUUGCUUCAGCGUCGUGGCCGGCCAUGGGAAGAGCCAUGUUUUCAACGUGGAGCUUGGCAGCGAGCUGGCCGUGUGGGAGAAGUCCUUCCAAAGAGCCACGUUCAUGGAAGUUCAGAGAACUGGGAUACAGGACACAGAAAAUUAUUUGACACUUUCUCAAGAAAGCAGAACAGAACAUCCAGCCUCACAGAGAUUCCGGGUGCCUAACUUCACUGUCCAGGGCACCAGCUGUAUGGGCUGGGGGUGUUUCAGGGGCAUGUCCUUUAUUUUCCUCCAUACAUCCCUGAAGGAAGUAGCAGAAGUUUCGAAUUGCCCCGUUCUACUGGAAACCUGCAUUCCACCCACUGAAGGAUCCCUGAGCUAAUGCCCCCACUGCCAGCCUCAGGUUCCCUCCCACCUUGUGUAUCUGCAAGUGAAGGGGAUAAGGUUUUCUGUCUUCAUGCAGAAUCCGUACUCAUCACCUGAAGGUGGAGGAUCCAGGCUGAACUUCAGUGCAUGCAGUACACAUUCAUGUAAAUAUUUAUUUUCAAUGGAGAAUGUAAACCAGUUACUUUGUCAUCUGAUAUUUGGUACUUUGCACAUCUCCACUAAAUGUGUGCUGCUGCCCUGUGUCUAUUGCAUGAGCUAUACUUGAGACAUUGUCCACCUGUCACUAAUAACAUCUUGGAGUUGCACAACACAGGGGCUGCCCAGCCCGGCGCCUCUGCAGCUCCUUCCCAGCGGCCCAACCUGGCGCAUCCGCAGCUCCUUCCCAGCAGCCCAGCCCGGCGCCCCUGCAGCUCCUUCCCAGCGGCCCAGCCCGGCGCCCCUGCAGCUCCUUCCCAGCGGCCCAGCCGGGUGCCUCUGCAGCUCCUUCCCAGCGGCCCAGCCCGGCGCAUCUGCAGCUCCUUCCCAGCGGCCCAGCCCGGCACCCCUGCAGCUCCUUCCCAGCGGCCCAGCCUGGCGCCUCUGCAGCUCCUUCCCAGCAGCCCAGCCCCGCACCCCUGCAGCUCCUUCCCAGCGGCCCAGCCCGGCACCCCUGCAGCUCCUUCCUAGUGGCCCAGCCCGGCGCAUCCGAAGUUCCUUCCCAGCGGCCCAGCCUGGCGCAUCCGCAGCUCCUUCCCAGCGGCCCAGCCCGGCGCCCCUGCAGCUCCUUCCCAGCAGCCCAGCCGGAUGCCUCUGCAGCUCCUUCCCAGUGGCCUAGCCUGGCGCAUCCGCAGUUCCUUCCUGGCUCUUGUAGGUCGUUUUCCAGCCUUUCCCUGGAAGCAUCAAGUGACAGGAAAAUGGCCCAGGAGCUCUCAGGAUAAGAGCAGAGAAGGAAAGAAUGGAAAAGAAGGUCCAGAAGGCAGGGAUCUUGGCCUCGUUCCACGUUAGGACCAUGUGAGUUAGUCUCCUAGGAGACUCCAUCUCACACUAGACAGGCAGAAGUUUACAAGCUUGAAAAUACCGAGUAUCAGCAAGGAACGUAGCAGUGAGAACUCCCAACCAGGGCUUGAGCAGGGCGCGUGUUGGUCUGUAUGAAUCUAGAAAUGUGUGGAGGCCCAUUGCCCAGGGCUCUAUGUGUUAUAAAGAGCAGAGAGCUGCAAGGGGUGACGGACAGGAGACUGGGCUGGUGCUUCUUCCAGAGUAGGGGCAGACAGGAUUUCAAUCUAUCAGCAUGUCAGCAUAGUGUAUUUUAUAUACAUUUCAUUCAUUUAUUUAUUUUUAGUUUUAUUUUUUUGAGACAGAGUCUCUGUCACCUAGGCUGGAGUGCAGUGGCAUGAUCUCGGCUCACUGCAACCUCUGCCUCCCAGGCUCAAGAGAGUCUCCUGUCUCAACCUCCUGAGUAGCUGGAAUUACAAAUGCCCACCACCACACCCGGAUAAUUUUUUGUAUUUUUGGUAGAGAUGGGGAUUUGCCAUGUUGCCCAGACUGGUCUCAAACUCCUGGGCUCAAGCGAUCCACCCACCUUGGCCUCCCAAAGUGCUGGGAUUACAGGUGAGAGCCACCACACCCGGCCUAUACAUUUCAUUUAAAAUAAUAAAUAUGUAAACAGAAGACAGGCCAAAGUGGCACACAUUCUAAAACAGUGAAGCAGAAUUAAACCAGUAAGCAUUGGUAGAGACCCUGUCCUCCCCCGGUCCUGGAGGGUGCCCCUGGGUGAACACCAGGUCUGCUUUCCACACCCGCCUUCCCUGGGUCCCUUCUUCCUCUGCCUCCUCCACCUCUCCAAAUGCCUUUUUACCAUCCUGCGCCACUCCAGAAAUGUGAUGGUUGAUACUGAGUGUCAACUUGAUUGGCUUGAAGGAUACAAUGUAUUGAUCCUGGGUGUGUCUGUGAGGGUGUUGCCAAAGGAGAUUCACAUUUGAGUCAGUGGGCUGGGGAAGGCAGAUCCACCCUUAACUGGGUGGGCACCAUCCAAGCAGCUGCCAGUGAACGUGAAGCAGCAGAAAAAUGUGAAAAGGAGAGAUGGACCUAGCUCCCAGCCCACCUCUUUCUCCCAUGCUGGGUGCUUCCUGCCCUUGAACAUCAGACUCCAAGUUCUUCAGUUUUGAGGUUCGGACUGGCUCUCCUUGCUCCUCAAGCUUGCAGAUGGCCUAUUGUGGGACCCUGUGAUUGUGUAAGUUAAUAUUUAAUAAACUCCCCUUGAUAUAUAUCUAUCCCAUUAGUUCUGUCCGUCUAGGGAACCCUGACUAAUACAAGAUACUUUUAUCCCAUGAGGUGCAACAUCGGGAGCCAACAGUCAGAGGCAGGAACAUGCCCUGCACUGCUGCUUUCCGGGCCGUGGAAACACAUCUGUCACCAGUCCUGACCCUGCUGGUCUAGCCCUGCGCACAUUUCCCAGGGCUGCCCUAAGGAACGUCCCCAAACCAAGUGGCUUAAAACAACAGAAAUUUAUCCUCUCAUUUCUGGAGGCUGCAAGUCUGAGAUCAAAGGGUUGGCAGGGCUGAACUCCCUCAGGUUCAGAAGGUGGAUCCUUCCUGCCUCUUCCUGCUUUGGGUGGCUCCUGCAGUCCCUGGCAUUCCUCAAUCUGCAGCUCCUCACCCCAGCUUCCACCCCUGUCUCCACACCUGGCUCUCCUCCCUGGGUCUCUGUCUCCUUUUCUCAGAAGAUCACUGGUCACAGGAUUCGAGCCCCAUGUGCUCCAGCACAGCCUCACCUUGGUCUCUUCUGCAAAGAGCCUACUUCCAAAUAAGAUACUGGGGGCUAAGACUCCAGCAUGACUUGUGGAGGGACACAAGUCAUCCCUGUGCACCAACCCACAAGAAAUGUGGAGCACAACUGCAAUGCUGAGCUGUGGUGCCCGAAGCAAUAAAUGAGGAGUCAGGACACAGGGACAGAGAGACCAGCCCGUCCUCUGUGCCUAUGGCAAGCUGUGUGCCUGCCCAAACCCCACCUGUCAUCUGUAAAAUGAGGAUGAAAGCACCAUCUCGUGAGUUUACCAUGAGAAUUCCAUGUAAGGCACUUAGCUUAGUUCCAGGCAUGCAAGAAGGGUGACUUAAAUGACGGCACUGUGACCAUCACCACUCUGAAGGCAUGCAAGACAGGUGCCUCAAAUGAGGGCACUAUUACCAUCACCACUCUGAAGGGCAUGCAAGAAGGGUGCCUCAAAUGAGGGCACUGUGACCAUCACCACUCUGAAGGGCGUGCAAGAAGGGUGGCUUAAAUGAUGGCACUAUUACCAUCACCACUCUGAAGGGCAUGCAAGAAGGGUGCCUUAAAUGAGGGCACUGUGACCAUCACCGCUCUGAAGGGUGUGCAAGAAGGGUGCCUCAAAUGACGGCACUGUUACCAUCACCGCUCUGAAGGGCGUGCAAGACAGGUGCCUCAAAUGAGGGCACUAUUACCAUCACCACUCUAAAGUGCUGUGGAAAAUCCUUUCAAAGUCCACUCACUCUUGGCUGAUGGUCUUCGUUAGCUAAAGCGUUUUCUGCAGGUCUCCUUCCACAAUCCAGUCUGCUUUAGGCUGAAGAAAGCAUUGGCCUCCCGGAGUUCACUGACCCCAGGAUAAAAACAGGAAGAUCCCUCAACACCCCAGGGUGGGUCAGCAUUUCCCCUGGACACAAGCUGCGGCCCCAGGGUGCACACCGACCAGAACCUCACCUGGGCUGUGCCAGCCCCUGCUUGUAAGGUGGCUGUCAGUCUAUCCCAGCAGAGCUACCUGUGCCCAUGUGAUUUCUCUCCCUUCCCAUACCCCAUCCUGAUGUUGCUUCCGACAGCUCCAUGCAUCCUGUUUUGUUAAUGAGCAGAAUCGCUUCUUUAACUUCUUCAUUAAUUCCAGCUCUUCAUUUGUGUAUGUUGUCUAUGAUACUUAAAAGGCUACUCUUAAUGCUUUUGUUUAGAGCGUGAAUUUUUAAUAUAUUUGAAAAUGAACUUGAGUGUGCUAUUUAAUACCACGUUUUGUU